UUGUUUGUUUCCCCGCCUCCAACCGCAGCGCUAGUGCACAGGACAGGCAGGCACAACACAGUGCUAGGUCCACUUUUAGAAGUUGAAGUUUGAGCUUUAUGAAAUCUUGUAUAGGUUUUAGAGAUUUUUUAGAUCUGACAGUGCUAUUACUUGAAACCUUCCGUUUCUGACUAACCAGCAGAGAGCAUAUGUCAAGCCUGAGCCAAUGUCAAAGCUACAUUAUAGGCAAUUUUGCAUUUUAAACUUGUAGUUUUCAUUGAACUCAUAAUUAUGACACACUGUGCUGUUCCCGCAGUGUCAACAAUUUUAAAAUUUGGACUUUUGAACAGGCGUCCGCUUUGUGCUCGAACAUUUUGCUCUGAUAAAAUAUCUUAUGUCCAGGGUCAAGAACCUGAAAAGGGGGUUCGUGAAUAUUUCUAUUACAUUGAUCAUCAGGGGAUGUUAUUCCUCGACGACUCAAAGAUAAAGAACUUCACAUCAUGCUUUAAGGAGAAAAAGUUUCUCACCUUCUUCUUCAGAAGGCUUAAGAAGAACAACCUUGGUAGAUAUGAAGAACACUUUCCUUUCUGGUCAGAUUGUGGGAAGGAAAGGAAUUUUGUCAGGGGUGACGAUGUUCCCAUUGUGUACACACACAUUGCAAAGAAGAUACCUCGAGGAGCAUCAGAAGAAGAGGAGCACAUGUGUUAUGGACAUGUGGGUGAUGUGCUAAGUUUCAAAUUUUCCCCUGAAAAUAUUUACAUGGCAGAAACGGGGCGAGUAUACCAUCCUGGACCUCCGAAUACAGGUUCUGUAGGCUUGAUCAGUUCCAAACUUGCCAUUGAACUGAGUAAAAACUUUCUAUUUGAAGGGGAAAAUACACAGUGUCCAUCACAUUUUGUUUGGAAUAAUACUGUACACAAGCUUGACCCUAGCUGGGUUAAAAAUGUAACAAUCAAGAGAGAUUUCAAGACUUAGAUUCAUGUAUAAAACACAAUAAACUAAUAAUUUCAUUUUUGUACUGAAAAAAGACAAAAGUACCCAUGUGUAUAAGUACCUGAACUAUAACUUUGUCAAUUAAUGAGUUGUGAAUGGAUGUAAAUAAAAAGCUUGUGAACAUUA